AUGCCGGAAGGUCCAUCAGUGAAAAAGUUCCAAAUUCUCUGCGCUCCCUUCGUGGGGCAGACGGUGACCAAAGUGGGCGGAAGCACUCGGCAGGUGAACCCCGAUGAUUUGAAGAUGCUGACGCUAUGGGAUGCUCAGGUUCAUGGGAAGAACCUGUUCCUGGCUUUUGGCACCGCUCAGGAAAUAGCAGCUGGCUGUGCGAGCAUGACCCAGGAAUCGUCUGAACAUGGGGGAACUGGUCCAGGGACCAGCGUGUCUCUCCCGAGGCAGGACGGAGAUGAGGCGGAUCCUGGCGGCCUGGUCCACUGGCCGCGAAAGGAGCACGGAGGCGGCUUGGCAUCGCUGCCAGAGGACGCUGCUGAAUGCCCCCGGGCGUGGCUGCGUUUCCACUUUGGCUUGUAUGGAAGCAUCCGAGCCGGCGAGUUUGCAAGGGCCAACAAAGCAAACAAAAAGGGUGACUGGAGAGAUCCAAUUCCCAGGUGGGAAUUAUGGGGUGUAUGGUUGGUUCUGCAUUUUGAUGGCGGCAGCUUUCUUGUGUUUUACAACUGCCGGAUCCAGCCAUGCUCUUCUCCUGCCGCUGAUCCCUCUGCUGACAUCCUGAGUCCAGAGUUUGAUCGGGAACGGGCUAUGGAGGUGCUUCGGAAGGCCGUACCUGUGUGCUACACUCUCCUGGACCAACGUUAUUUCUCAGGGCUAGGGAACAGAAUUAAGAACGAGGCCCUUUAUCUGGCGAGGGUUCACCCGCUCUCCCUCGGCUCUCUCCUGGAACCCUCGGAGCUCCGAUCGGUGCUGGACCGCACCGUUCAGUUCAGCCUGGAGUGGCUGCGCAGCCAGUUACAGGGACAGAGGUUACAACUGCGGAUUUACGGGAAGGAGCGAUGCCCCGAAGGGCACGAGGUGAGGAAGGGAGCUUUUGGACCCCUCGGCGGGCUGAAGAGGCUGACCUGGUGGUGCCCCCAGUGCCAGUCCCAAGCCUCCAGCCGCUCUGCCCCUGGACCUGAGGACUGAUUCGCUCAGCCCCUGAA